AUGUACCGAUUCCUCUUUGCCCUUCUCGCGGCCAUUCUCACGCCCUACCUCGUGACCGAGCCCCACCACGUCAGCGCCGUCACGUUCGCUGUGGCCAUCACCUGUUUCUGCAAGGCCGUAGCCGACUACCACGACGCAAUGAAUAUCGAUAUAUCCGAGUCCGCGGCAAUGAUGUUUGUUUUGACCAUGUUCAUCAGCAUCUGCGCCAAUGUCCCCCUUUCCUGGCUCUCCCUGAUUCUAUACGCCGAACCUUCGAAAGUCGACGUCAGCCGCCGUCCUCUGCCCGUCUCGCAGUGGUUCCGCAAACGCGGUGAACUAAUCCCCCCCGACAACAAUAUCAAAGAGCCCGCCGCAACUCAUACUAGUAUGCAACGGAUGAAUAGCAAGAUCAAGAGCCUCAAGGCUCAGCUAAGAGAGAAAGACCUGGAGCUGGCCGAGAUCUGCCAUCUGAAGAACGCGAUCAAGAACCUGGAGAAAGAGGAACUCGCCAUGCAGACCGACAACAAAGUCCUCAAGGGGACUAAGGAUUACCUGCGUGAUGAGAUGAAUGCUGCCCGAGAGCAGGUCGCCAUCUGGCGGGACGAGGCUGAGCAGCACCGGGAGACGAUCGUCAAGCUCAAGGCUCAGCGCGAUCAGAGCAGGGCCAAAGAAUCAGCGGGCAGCAACACCGUCAUGUACCGCCUCACUCAGGAGCUCAAUGCCGUCCGCGAGUGCUACCAGAACGCCAGGCACACUAUUUUCGACCUCUUCGAGUCCCUGAACAAGAAGGACGCGAUCAUCGCUGAAAAGGACCAGCAGAUCAAGACCCAGACCAAGCUGGCCAAGAUGCACGAGUUUGGCCAGAAGAACCUCAAUGCCGCCUACGAAACGCUAGUCGAGGAGGUCCGCAACCUCAAGUCUGAGGUUGACCGCAGAUGCUCGCUCGUCUGGCAACGUGACACGGUGAUCGAGAGGAAGCAAGAGGUCAUCAAUAGGCAGCACGACGAGAUCGCGUCCAAGAAUGACGAGAUCAUCAAGAAGAACGAUGAGAUCGUGAAGAAAGACGACGAGAUUGUGAACAAGAACCAGGAAAUCGCCCGCCUGAAUAGUAUCAUCGAGACUAUCUCUCGCCAGCACUGCUGUUGCGGUCGAUGUGGCCGCGGCGGACACGGCAAUGGCAAUGACGGCGGCGACACUGUCAACAACAACAAUGACAAUAACAACAACGGACCGCAUCAAGGAGGAAAUGCGCAGCCCCCGAACUCUACCACUGGAUCGAGCGGCGCGCCUCCUGGCCCUGUUGCCCCCUCGAACCCUGCGCCUCGCACCGGCGGUGCUCCUUCUGAUGCCACUUCUCCCGAACCCCUCAAAUAUGUCUACCAGCCUCAGUACACUACCCAGAUGUCCGCUUCUGAGAUGUCCGCUUUCCAGGCUUUUUUUAGUCAUCCUUGGGCUAUUCGACCAGCGACUGUUCCUGAGACCCAAUUUACGCAGGUUCCCGACCUUCAGCCAGAUGCCCAGGUCAUUCCAUGCACUCCCCAGCACUCCGCUUCUGAAGUAUCUGCUCUCCAGGCUUUUGGUGGUCACCCUUGGGCUCCCAAGGUAUUGGAUCCUCAGCCUUUUGUUGUCCCUCAGACUCCUGUUAUUUCUCAGCCGUCUGAAUAUCCUCAGCAAUCCCAGUAUCCUGGAGCCCCUGAGGUAAAUACUGGACCUGCGGAGGCGACAGCGGACUUCAAGGAGACAAACCAGUUUGCAAAUACGUCGCAACUUAGCCCAGCGAAAGCCAACGGAACGCUGGAGGUCCCACAAAUAGCAGCUCCAUCAUCAACAGAGCCUCUUACAAACCAACAGGAGGAGGGCACUCAUCUGUCGACCGUACCCCAGCCCAGCCCGCCUCAGGCUAACCUCGAGCCGCCCCGCCAACAGUCAGCCGUGCCUGUUGCAAUCGAUCCCAUACAGAACAAAAUCCCCUUUCCUUUCGAGUACGACCAGGCCGCUUACUCUAAUCUAAACAACCCAAAUCCUGCACCCGCACCGGAACCAGCCUCGGACCCAGCAACCGCACUAGCACCCGUACCAGCAUCCCCACCCGCUUCUGUGCCAGCGCCAGCCACCCCUGCCGAAGACGACGAAGACGAUGACAACGACCUCACCAGCGCUUUGAAAAAGGCACGAGCCAAGUUCAGCGCUCUGAAAGGCGGCCCUAUGAAGUGGAUGCCAGCCAAGGACGCAUACGGGGUGAAAGCAGCGCUCAAGGACCUUGCAGACGCAAGAAAGAAGUCCAAGAAGCGCCUCUUGUCUAGGAAGACGCCGCACAGCAUCACAGGCUUCAUGAAGUUCGAGAAAAAUUUCGAAGGCUUCCUGCCGGGCGACUGGACGAAGCGUCCCAAGGUCAAGCGCGACUACAUCAACGCGUUCAUGCGCCGGGCCCUGGAAGCCGACUGGGGCCGAUAUUGUGACCUUAUUUUUGGCAAACUCGAUGAUGAUGAUCCAGUCACCCCCGAGAUACCCAAUGGCAAUGAUGGCACGGGCGGUCCUACCGCGGCCGCGGCUGAUGCGGAUGACGAUGAUCUCCUCCCCAACGGCUGGGCGAUGGAUGAUGACGAGGUUGGCAAUGCCUCGCCGCCUUUUGAGAUCGCUGGCACUGUGGACGACCUCCCAUCCGGUCCAAAUGUGAGUGACGGCAAUCAAGACAGUGAGCCAUCUGCUGCAGCUAUUACUACAGGCGAGCCGCCAUCGGAGCGAGAGACUCAGCAGCCCAUCAGCAAUGCCUACGAGGCAGGCCAGCCUUCAUCUGGCAGAGACAGCAAUAACACCAUGCAAGUUGCAGCGCCAACCAAGGACCUUGUCAGUGAGACCCCCGCAUCAGCAGCUCCUGCAGGUAGUCUCAAUUCCAUGAUGUCCAAGAUGAGCAUCGGAAAGCGCAGCAGGGAUUCAGAGGACGACUCUCCUGAGGAGGACCCAGCCAAGUGCCGCCGCACAACUGGAGCAGAAGACGUCGGCGAUACUCCUGGAUCGCGACGCCCCAUAGCCAUGUUCUCCCGCAACCGGCCUGGUAUUGCUGAAGCUGGAGAGACUGGCCCCCUGCCUAACCUGGCAGAGAUGCUGCAGAACCUACCUGCGGCUUCGUCCACCUCAACGUCUCUUCCAUCUGCCACGAGCAUGGGCUCUCUUGCGCCGGUGCCACAGAUCGCAGUCAACUAA